CGCGACUCCGGCACACUCAGUCGAAGGAGCGGAGACACCGCGCGCCACAGGAUGAGUGCUCUGCUGACCGUGCUGGUCACCCUGGUGUUGCUCGCCGCGUCCGCCGCCGCCCUCAACCUCUUUCAGUACAAGACGGAGGUCGUCAAGGGUGCUUCCUGCGGUACGGAGAACAAGCAGUUGGGACCAUUUUUUAUCCCGAAUAACCAGUGCUCCGGUGUCCUGUACAAUCUGACGCAGCACUGCGAGCGCCUGGAGCUGGUCAAGGUGAGUGUGACAGACUACGCGCACGUCAAGGUCACCAUCGACGACUCGCUGAGCUCGGUGAGCAUCGAGCGCUCGCCGAACCUAGUGAGCACCUGUCCCGGGCGCGCCGCGGUGCGCGCAGUGCUGGGCUGCGGCCUGCACUCCUCCGACGAAGUGUCGCUGUCCGGAGCGCCGUCCGGUCUCGACAGCGCGCUGCCGCCCAUGUAGCGUCACGGACACGAAACCCAUCAUCUUUUUAUUCCGCAAUAAAAUGAUAUAAAACACUA